AUGGCUGGUCCUAUCAAUCGAGAACAGACCAUUGAGGAGCGCUAUGGAAUCCCAGAAAACUUUCUUGAGGUUGAAGUAAAGAAUCCUCAAACACAUGGAUUUGGACGCAAGAUGUACACAGACUACGAGAUUCUUUGCAGAACCAACAUCCCCGCAUUCAAGUUGAAACAUUCUUCAGCACGCAGACGUUACAGUGACUUUGAAUGGUUUAGAGAUGUACUUGAACGUGAAUCUACCCGUGUCAAUAUCCCUCCCUUGCCAGGAAAGGUCUUUACCAACAGGUUUUCGGAUGAGGUUAUUGAGCAACGUAGAGAAGGACUUGAAAGAUUCCUGCAAAUCGUGGCUGGACAUCCGUUGUUACAAACAGGUAGUAAGGUGCUGGCUGCAUUUAUUCAAGAUCCCAAUUUCUCUCGUGAUAACUACCACUAUUAA